GUCGAUGACUUGUUGAAGACGAAUCAUCAGUUCUUCCCUCUUUCUUCAAAUUCAAUCUUCUUCUUCAGCCCUAGCUCUCUCUCUCUCAACGAAUCACCAUGCCGAAACAGCAAGUCAACUGGUCUCCUUAUGACAACAAUGGCGGAACGUGCGUGGCAGUAGCAGGAGCAGAUUACUGUGUAAUUGCAGCAGAUACUCGCAUGUCCACUGGCUACAACAUUCUUACUCGCGAUUACUCCAAGAUCAUUAAACUAGCGGAUAAAUGUGUGCUGGCGUCUUCAGGAUUUCAAGCUGACGUGAGAGCUUUGCAAAAGGUUUUGGCAGCUAGGCAUCUGAUCUACCAGCAUCAGCACAAUAAGCAGAUGAGCUGUCCAGCUAUGGGCCAGCUGCUUUCAAACACGCUAUACUACAAACGUUUCUUCCCCUACUAUUCGUUCAAUGUUCUAGGUGGCCUUGACAAUGAAGGAAAGGGAUGUGUCUUCACAUAUGAUGCUGUUGGAUCAUAUGAGAGGGUUGGCUACAGCUCUCAAGGUUCUGGUUCAACUCUGAUCAUGCCUUUCCUGGACAACCAACUGAAGUCUCCCAGCCCUCUCUUGCUGCCUGCCAAGGAUGCUGUUACUCCACUUUCCGAAUCAGAAGCCAUUGAUUUAGUUAAGACAUGUUUCGCUUCAGCAACAGAAAGGGAUAUAUACACUGGUGACAGGCUGGAGAUAGUCGUAUUAAAUGCUGAUGGCAUUCGUAGGGAAGAAAUGGAUCUGAGGAAAGAUUAAUUUCUUGUGUCUCGUUCCUGAGUUUCUUGUUUCAUUUAGCUUGUAAGGCGAGAUUGUGUGUAGACAGUUAACUCCACCAGAUAUUUCUGUAGAUCAUUGCCCAUCAGUUGUUAAUUUUUUAUCAUUAAUGAACUGAAUUUCGUAUUAUAAAAUAUUUUACUAAUUUAUUAAAAAGAUUGGCAGUUUAAACUAGUAGUAAUUUUGUUUGACAAAGGAGGUAAGAGGUUCAGACUUCAGAGGGGUUGGUGGUAUUCGUUGUCAGCUUCUCCUGCCAAGUGGUGUCCUUGGGAAACUAUCUGUGGGGCUUCUUCCAAAGUGGAUUUUAAUUAUCUGGUAAGCUUUCAUAAGAAAGGAAACUUUUUGGCUCAAAUUGGUAUGUACAGUGGACAAGCUUUGGGAUCAGAAUGGUGCUUCUGUUUCCUUAAAUUAUUAUGGAAGGCUCAAUUCUGUAUCUUCUGACAUUUGGCUAACGUCUCUUUCGAAAUGAUGAUAUAUAUGCAAGUGUAUUGAUA